AUGGGCUUAUGCAAGUGUGAGCGGAAGAGGGUGACUAAUCUGUUUUGUUUCGAGCAUCGUGUCAAUGUGUGCGAGUUCUGUAUGGUUUCCUCUCACGAAAAGUGCAUCGUAAAAUCGUAUCUCCGUUGGUUAAAAGAUUGUGACUUUAAUCCUGCUUGCGGCAUUUGCCGGGAACGUUUUGAUGAGUCAGACAAAGAGUGUAUUCGCUUGAUUUGCCUAGAUGUGUUCCAUCGAGAAUGCUUGGUCGAAUUGUUAGAAUCAGCACCUCCUACAACGGCACCUGCUGGAUUCGUUUGUCCAUGCUGUGGCGAAUGUGUUAUACCUCAAAGUAACCACGGUGGACCAGUUGCGGAAGCUUUACGGACGCUUUUGGCCGAAGUUCGUUGGUCUAGUGGACAGCAUCCAGACCUACUUCCGUCUGCAUAUUCAGCACGACCUGUAUCUUCUACCAACAUAAACUCUUGGAGUGAGUAUUAA